CAUCGGAGAGUAAACGGAGACAAAUCAGAGACACAAAGAUGACUCGAAUUGAUGAAAAUAGUGGAGACGUGUUUUGGAAGCAUACUCUAAUCCCCCCUGGUUUAGCCAUCCGGAGAGGGUUGGGUGGCUGCUGUGUAUAUUCUUAACCUAUCUCCUGCAAUGUUUUCUUUAGAGUAACGCGCUUGUUUUCGACGUUACUGUGAGCCGCGCGCGCUUGUGUGCUCAAUUUAAACGUGAUCAAAGCUGAGCUACAGUAUGCAUCGUGGACUUGGGAGAUUAAGAGUAAAGCCGCGAGAGUUUUCCGUGAGUAGUAGUGACACAGACACGCCAGACAAGGCCUCGGUUACGACCACUGCAGUGGAGGGGAAGGGGAAGGUGAAUGGGGCAACAGCGACCUCCGUGGGCAAUGAGACCGGAUGCUUCCUGUGCGCAAUAGUGGCUCAGACAAAAGGAGGGGAAGGGCUUUAUGGCGAUAUUUAGAUCCGCCAGACAGGCUGUUAUCUGCAGAAGCAAAAGAAGUGAAUAGCCCCUGCGGUAAACUGGGUGAAAAACACACCCUGAUUUAGGUUUACAGCCUGAGAGCCAUUGGAAGAGCGGCGUCUUUUCCUGCUCUGAAGGUGUUUGUCUAUUCGAACUUUUAGUGCACAAAUAGACGCUGAGCCGCUCCUUUCCCCCGUCGGCGUGUUUGAAGUCUGUUGGCCAAAUAAUGUGCAAGUACCAAGGAGGUGAUAGCUCGCAAUUGCAGUGCACAUUAUCGACAGCUUGUGUCUCUCCCCCCCCCCCCCCCCAGAUUCUUUUUUAAAGGCAGUAACAGAAAAAUAGAGAGAAUCCCUGUGUUGGAUCGCCUGUGGCCUUGUGGGGUGUUGGCCAAGCUCUGCGUUUAUUUGAUGGUAAUAAAUAAAACACGCAGAGUAAUGUGCGAGAACUCAAGGUUGCUGCUUUGGAGACGUGAGCUGCAGUGUAAGGUUAUAGGUUUAGGAUGGUACGCAGGAAAAACAAACAGCGUGUGUGUGUGUGUGUAGUUCAUGUUGAGUUUCAGCUGUGGCUUUAUUUCUGUUUAAUAUAAAAAAUCAGCAUUUCUGUGUAAAAUGUGUGAACCAUGGUUAUAUCACUGUAGUUUCUUUAAGUUGCUUUUACGCGCUGUUGUGCAGAAUCAAUGUAACAAUAGUAAUUUUCAAAUCUACAAAUAUGUUCUUAUGUCAAUAUUUCGAACCGCUAAUUUCUGAUGUUUAACAAUUUAUUUUAUUAUUUUAUUUGCAGCACAUUACAAUCUAAGUCUCCACUAAACACAUGUAUUUUGAACGCGUCGUUUCUCGCCAAUCCUCGCACCAUUUAAUUUUAAAAGGAGGAAACCACAAACACCACAUUACGCACAUUUGUAGCUCUAUUUGAGUGUAACGUUACACUGACGCUCUGGCCUCUCUCUGGCAUUACAGUUAGUACGCUGAUGGUGGUGAUGAUGGCAACAUAUAGGCCCAUACAAGUGAUAACGGCGGUGUAAAUAAUAUACGGGUUAAACGGCAGGUUGUGCAUGGAGCAACGAGCAUCUGCCAUCAGUAUGCUGUCUGUAAAAUAUAAAAACAAUUUAAAAUCACCGUGCUUCCAUUCAGUAUCUGUUUAACACAAAAACAACACACGUGGCCUAAUCCGCAUUAUAUUCAUGAUUUAAUUCAUUUUACUAUAUAUUUUAAUUUAUUUUAAAUAUCGACAAUUUCCUACACGAUUUAACAUACACAGUUCAACCCUUUAUACCCUGUAGUCGGGAUUUUAUCAGCAAGUAACUUUUAUUUUUGUUCAUCGUAUAGGUCAAUAUUUUGCACCGUAUUUGUAGCGACACUUUAGUAGACUGUUACUACCACUAAAGUUUAAGAUUUAAUGUUGUCCUUUUUUGUGAACCUGAUUGAAAAUUCGAAAAACGGAUGAAUAAAGUUUUGAAUUAUCCACAAAGUAACAACAUGUAUUUACUGUUUUCUUUUUAACUUAAAUAAAUGUAGCCUACGUCAUGCUGUGAUCACCGUUAUUUAUUUUCUAUUAUGUAGCGUAUUAGUUGCAAUAUAUUCAGAUAGACCAUGGACUUAGUCACAAUCACGAAAUGUGGAUUAAAAAAAUAGCAGGAUCAUUUUUAAAUUCUUGUACUUUUAAAAUUGUUUAAAUUGACAAAAGUGCACCGAUAGACACCCUGUGAAGCACACAGGUUGAACACACUAAGAUCGUGCAACAUAUUCCCUAUGAGGCUGAAGUAGUUACUCUCACUUUGUAACUUUUGCUUUUAAAAUAUAUUUAAAGAAUCACACACGGACGAUAGAAAAUGUCUGCCGCAGAGAAGGAACUGAAAAUAGUGUAAUUUGGUUGGAUGCAAUUUGUAAUCCAUGAUUUCAUUCAGCUCUGAGCCGCUAAGUUUCUUUAUUACUUUGGUGUUUAAAAUGUGUUUUGGUGAGCAGUAGUCGUAGGGUGCUUACGUGUCCUAUAAAAUACCUCGUAAAAUAAGCUUUCCAAAAACAUGCAGCAUCGUUUGGGAGAACCAGAAUGGGUUUUAUCUGCAGCAGAAGAAGAGCUAUAAGAUCCUGUAAAGUAUUUUUUUUUUAAAUAUUCAUUAAUUCAUAUUCAGUCUCACAGAUAACAGAUCUAACCCAUAACUUGAUCAUUCUUAGCUUUAAAACUAGAGGUUGUUACUGGAGAGCGGGUGAGUAUUUAAUGACCAGCGGGAUUGAUUUAUCCUUUAUUGUUCAGCCUUUAUGAUCACGUGCGUCUUCUACCCAAUGGCGCGGCAGCCUAGCUCCCCAUUACUAGCCCACUGUAGUUCUCUGUGGGGCCAAGUUGCUACUUGAUUUCUCCACAUUGUUAUUUUGUGAGGCUGGGUUUACUGCGUGUGUAUGUGUGUGUGGUGUGUGUGUGUGCGCGUUUUACUUUUGCAUGUAUCUUGCUGUAUGACUGCGUACAUGUGAACGUAUCAUUUUUCUGCCAUGUCGACAUCCGGAACACUGACUAGUUACUACGUCGAUUCCCUCAUUCUGCCCGAGAGCGAGGAGCUCUCUGUGCCGAGAUACCCCUCCGGUCCUGGGCUCCAGCACGCCAGACAGUCCGCCUCCUCUAUUGGCGAUCACAACGAGCUCGGGACCUGCACCUUCCCGUCCAAGCCCCCGGUAUUCGGGCCGUCGUGGAGCCACGUUCCUGCUCAGUUCCCCGGCACCGUCUCUUCUGUGUAUCACCACCACUAUGGGCAUCCACAGGGCCCGGUUGGUGCAGACACAGACGGUCGCUAUCAGUCAUGGCUACUGGAACCAAUGUCCGGUUCUCUUCCCAUGGCCGGAUUACCCACAACUCAUCACUACGGGAUCAAACCGGAGGGUAUUGGAGCGAGAGCUGACGGUGCGCUGCCCGGCUCCCACACGGCACUGCUGCUCUCUGAUUACGCAAACGGCACGGUGGCCACGGCAUCACCGGGGGAAAGGGACGCACUGUCCAGCCAGGCUGGGGACACAAGCGGGGAGACUGAGGAGAAACCGGGCCUCGAUCCAAAUAACCCAGUGUCCAACUGGCUCCACGCGAGUGCCACGAGAAAAAAGCGCUGUCCGUACACCAAGCACCAGAUCCUGGAGCUGGAGAAAGAGUUCCUCUUUAACACCUACCUGACCAGGGACCGUAGGUACGAGGUGGCGAGGCAGCUAAACCUCACCGAGAGACAGGUUAAAAUCUGGUUCCAGAACCGCAGGAUGAAGAUGAAGAAGUUUAAUAAAGACGGCGCACCGAAAGACGAAUAACUGAGCCGUAGUGAAUCAGUAUUUAGGCUGUUAGCGAGCUUUGUGUGUGGAAGCUCUUAACCCUGCUGGACCUUGUUUUUAAACUUCAUUGUCUUAUUGUUCUAUAUUACAGAAGCUAUUGGGCUUAUUUGUCUUGUAAAAAAGCAUGUUGGGCUUCAAUUUGAUGCGACUACCUUUAUAUUGCACAAUUUUAACAGUGCCCACUCGUUUUUAAUUUUUCUUAAGCUGUUUUUUUUUUUUUUUUUUUUUUUUUAAAUAAUACCUCGUUAAAGUGACUUAGUUGGCCUGGUCCCUGUGCUUGUUUGUGUAUGAAUGUUACAUUCUGUGUUCGUUCUGGUUGGUAGCUCUAUUUGUUGUCUGUCUCAGAGUUAUCUGAGCGUAUAGUUUGUAAUGUAUUAAUUUGAAUGUUGUCUUCCCUCACUGGUAGAACUAUGACUGAUGACCAUGAGUUUUAACCUAACAUUGGAAACAUGGAAAACCCCGACUGAGCGCAUAUUGAAGAAGGUGCUAAAACCUCAGAAACCUCUUUAAAAUGUUCCAAAUUAAAAUGUGUAAUAGAAGCUAUAUUACAUGACUACCUAUGUCUUUCAACUACCUACAAUAACCUUUUUUUUUUUUUUGAUGACGGAUCCUUGUAGACUUGCUUGCAUUAGAUGCUGAACUAUGACUUUCAGGGAGUAGCUAACAUGUUAAAAGUACAUAAUGUUUGCUAGUGAGAGAAAAUUAACUCUAAACACUGUAGGCUACUUAUUGAUACCUCACGGUCUGCUGACCGUCUGACUUUUGGUUCACAAAUGUAAUUUGUACUUUAUUUAUUAAAUAAAACGAAUUAUAUCUGCGAAUGCAUGCAA